AUGACCACAUGCCUCACCUGGAUUGUCCGAGCGAUGAACGAGUUCAAGCGGCUGACGCAAGAGGCCUCGCAGCAGGGAUCGAAGGCCCCAUCUGAAGCAUCAGACAUUGGCCACCUGCCCUCCAUGGGCGCCGCUCUCUCCGAGAAGGAGGUUGGACGGACUGUUAGUGGUGGAAGCACUGGGCGACAGAAGUCCAAGCUUUCCAAUAACCGGACUUCAUCUCGGCAAUCCUCUCGGCAAGCGAGCUUCUCCCGUCAGAUCACUCCCGGGUCGGACCGAUUGGAGAAGGAUCUGGCUGUGCGAUCACGGCUUGCCGAGAUCGAAGAAGCAUUGGCCCAGCUCAAUCUCGACAUCCAGCUGGGCGAGACAGAGGAGCUUCUACGGCAAGUUGCAAAGGACUAUGUGGCCGGCCUCACAGCGGCGAAGAGUCGGGUCGGACGCUUCAUCCCGGCCAAGCAAGUCCGACCUGCUUUUGGGAAGUUCUUGUGCAAUGGCUUGGGGGGGGCAAGUGAGAAACUGGGUCCCACGGAAAGGCAGAGCCUCGCAAAGACGAAGCAUGACAGUUUGGUCGUCAGCGUGAAAAUUGAAUCAGCUCCAGCUGUGGAUCCGCCGGAGGAGCCGAAGCCGGAAGUGCCGGCGGUCAUGAUGGCCUGUGAUCCGGUUUGGCAGGCGCUCCUCAAUGUUUACGAGGUGCACCGCCAGGAGCUACUCCAGGCUGAGCUAGUGCGGAAGGAGAUGUCGUCCGAUGGAGGAGUCACUUCAAAGGAGACCGCCUCGCUGUAUCCAGGCCCUGCUGCGAUUUCCGCCAUCGCCUCAAGCCGAGGGGUUCUGGCUCUGCCGCGCGCUCAAGACAUCCCGAGGCAGUCGACCUCGAAGAACUCGAGGAGUUCGUUCUUCUCAGACGCCAAGGCGUCAGAUGCCAGGGCUUCACGAAAGCGAAGCAGCCAAGCAGAAGCAGUGGUGGUGCAUCAGAAUUCCUCCAGUGGCUUCUCAGACAGAAGUGAGUCGGACGACAUCGAAGUAAAGGAAGCGUUCCCCAUGAAAGAUGCAUGGCUCCUUCUAAACCGUGAGAAGUCGCGCUUCUACACGAAAGAGAACUCGCUGAGCGGGCCGAUGUUCAUCAAAGCCGGGCUGCUAAGUGCCAGCACGGACUCCUCCACCAAGGUCACCAGUCGCUGCUGCAUCAGCCCUCCGUGGAGUCGCUGGCGUAUCGGCUGGGAUGUGACUGGAGGCUUGCUUUUGCUUCACGAUUUCGUCGCCCUCCCAAUUGCUGUGUUUCAACCUCCUCCGACUCCUUUUGGCUACGCGAUGGAGUGGCUGUCGGCUGUUUUUUGGACCAUGAACAUCGUGGCGUCCAUGACGGUCGGCUUUACGCGAAAUGGUGUCACAGUCAUGGAGUUCCCGGAAAUCCUGAAGAACUACCUCCGGACAUGGUUCAUCCCCGACGCCGCCUUGGUACUGCUGGAUUGGCUCAGUCUGGCACUCCCCGCAGAACAGUCCAUGGACGAGUCGACGGAGUUUCUUCGCCUAGUGCGGCUGCUGCGUAUCAUACGCAUUUUACGACUGGUACGGAUGCUCAAGCUGCGGACACUGAUGGCUAAUUUCCACGAUUUGAUCAACUCGGAGUACUGGAGCCUUGUAGCGAACAUGAGUCAAAUCGUCACCUUCAUGCUCGGCAUCAACCAUUUGGUGGCUUGUGGCUUCUACGGCUUGACGGAGCUCACUCAAGCCACCGAGGAGACGUCCUGGGUGAGGUCGUUUGGCUUUGAGGGCACCUCGUGGUCCUACCGCUAUGCAACCGCCUUACACUGGUCCAUCACCCAAUUCACUCCAGCCGCGAUGGAAGUUCACCCGACCAACAUGUCGGAGCGGUCGUACUCCAUUGCUGUGGUGAUCUUUGCCAUGGUUGGCUUCUCCUCACUGGUCGGCGGCAUCACCAGUAUCCUUACGCAACUGCGUGGUUUGUCGCAAGAGAAAGCGAAGGAGCUGUGGAAGCUGCGCCGCUACAUGCGCCUUAAGCAUGUGAAAGCGGAUCUCAAUGUGCGCAUCCAAAGGUACGUGGAGCAUGCAUGGAAUGAGCGACAGAUGAACCUCUCGAUCGGCAGUGUUAAGUUCGUCGAGUUGCUGUCGGAGCCACUCCGGGAUGAGCUGCUGUGUGCUGUUGAUAUGCCGACCAUGAUCGUCCACCCUCUCUUCUCAUUCCUGCACAAAGAGCAGGAAGUUACUCUCCGACGUCUGGUCACACAUGCGAUACAGCACAAGUUCUUGGCACGUGGCGACAUCCAUUUCUACUCGGCGGAAGUGGCCACACAUGCGUACUUCACCGUCUCUGGAAACCAGAACUACACCCAGCAUCCGCCCAGAGUUCAGAUCGCUGUGGCAGUCGAGAUCGAUCGCAGCCAGCAGUGGGUCGGAGAGCAAGUCCUUUGGGCGAACGACUGGGUUCAUCUCGGCUCCUUUCAAGCAGUAUCGGAGUCGGACAUGAUGGCUCUGGACCCAGCUGAGGUGGCAAAAGCCCUUUCGUCGAAUCCCCCAGCAUGGAAUGCGGUGGCAGGGUACGCGCAGGAGUUUACCAUGUGGCUGAACAGCCAACACACGAACGAGUUGUCCGACGUCCUUUCGGCAGAGGAUCUAUCCUACGUCUUUGACGAGUUGAAGAAGCGAGGUUCCCCGAUCACAGGCAAAGAGAAGCCGCCACAGGAACGAGGUAGCUCGGGCUUUGCCCGUCGGCUGUCGGCGGCAGUGAUGCCGGUCAUUAACACCACGACGUAA